UAUUAAUCCAAGAGUAUAUAAAAUCCAUCAUGGGUAUUUCAAGAGACUCAAGACAUAAGAAGAGAGUGUCCGGAGGAAGGAUGCCAAUCCACAAGAAAAAGAGAAAGUUCGAAAUGGGAAGACAACCAGCCAUGACUAAACUAGGAAAGAAAAAGAUCAGUGUAGUCAGAGGAAGAGGAGGCAACCUUAAAUACAGAGCCAUUAAACUCGACUUCGGAAACUAUACUUGGCAAUCUGAAAGCGUUUCCUUCAAGACUAAAAUCUAUGACACUGUUUACAACGCCACCAAUAAUGAGCUCACCAGAACAAAGACUCUUGUUAAGAAUGCUAUUGUGCAAAUUGAUUCAACCCCAUUCAGAAACUGGUACUUGCAACAUUAUGGAAUCGACUUGUCUGGUAAGGAAGACACCACCAAGAGAUCAGGCCACGUCAAGGCUAAGCUUAAGGCCAAGCAAGCCAAAAGAACCAUCGAUGAGAAGGUUGCCAACAUGAUCGCUAAAGGUAAAGUCCUCGCUGCCAUCUCCUCCAGACCAGGACAAUCCGGAAGAGCUGAUGGAUACCUUUUGGAAGGAAAAGAACUCCAAUUCUACCUUAAGCAGAUGGAAAAGAAAAACUAAUCGUAUUAAUUCCUGAUAAAGCUUAAGAUCUCAGUAACCCCUCUCUCUCCACCUUCCAAAUCAGUCUUA